GAACGCACUGGACCACUAUGAAACAGCGAAAAAGCACCCAAACGCUGGAAGCUGAAAAGAUCCUAUCAAUUAACUGCGUACAGUGUGAAACACAAGUGGAUGGGUGUUAAAACAAGAACCAUCAUUGAUGUUGUUAAUCUAGAUCGCCACGAAUGUAUGACAAUAAUAAUGUUGGUAAUUCUGCUUGAACGAAGUGCGGGGAGAUUUAGGCGUAUGGAAAUGUAGUUUUCUAACAAACACAUCAAUUGAAGUGUUAUUCCCGUGUUCUUUCGCUAAAUUCGUUCUUUCUGUUCCUACGUAUUUAUAAGCUGAGUUAGAGAGAACCGAACGGCAGCCAGCGGCAGCCAGCAUCACCCAAGGCAUCGGGAACGAAACAUAUGCUCCACUAGACGCUCUAUCAACGACUAUCCAUCCGCAGCGGUGAAUCUAUGUUAAUGACGACUAGUGAUCAUGAAAACAGCGAUGAUGUAGAACGCGAAUUCGCGAAGUGCGCAUAUCAACAACCCUGCAACCGACAACUCCAGCUGCAGCAGCAUCAGCAGCAAGUGGCAUCGCUGCACUUGUGCGCUGUGUUUGUGUGAACACAGGAAUUAUAUGCGAAUCAGCAGCGAGUGGCAGAACCAGUUUUCCUCCGUUGCAUUAUCAAUUUUCUUCUCGCGUCCGCGUGUGUGCUUUGAGAUAUUUUAUCUUGCCAAAUAAUAAACGUCUUGUGUUUAACUCGCGUACAUUUGUGUUCCGUCCCGGGAGUUCGCUGCAGUGUUGUUUGUGCUAAUGUACGCGUGAGUGGUCUUUGUUUGAUAUCGUCUCGUAGCUUUGCUGUGGAAAAAACAGACCACGAUAAAUGACCGAUCGAAAAUUGCCAAUUAGCUUGUCGGACCACAGCGAGUUCGGAAUCAAUCACGGCGUUGGCACCACCAUCAUCGGAGGUGCCAGCAGUGUUGGCUUCGGCGUAGGUGUCGGCCUACCGGGAAUCGGAAUCAGCAGAACUUUGGUUGCGUCUGUGCCCGGAGGGGGAAGCAAUGGGAAUGUGAACAACAAACAUGCCAUCACGCGUCUUAAACACGCCAACUCCUUAACUACCGGAAUUCCACCGGAGUUGUACGACAGAGGCAAUCGUCUAUCGCAUUCAAGCGAUAUCAGCCAGGCGGACACGAUGACGUCCGUUACGAGCUCCUCGCUCGAUUCCGAUGAGGUUGAUCUCUCCGGAUUGGUGGAAUCCGUGGUGGAUUCUGAUGAGGAGGAUAUUGCCGAAAGUAUUGAUAGUUUGAGUGUCCGUGAUACCGUACGGGAAUGUUUGGAGAAGGAUCCGAGCGAUCGUACGGUGGAUGACAUCGAUAUACUGCUAGAGUUCACUCAAAAAUUGAAGGCGUUCACCAACAUGACAUUCGCCGUGAGGCGGGCCCUCUGCUCGGUUAUGGUGUUCGCCGUGGUCGAGAAGGCGGGGACCAUCGUUAUGAACGAUGGGGAGGAACUGGACUCGUGGAGUGUGCUGAUCAACGGGCACGUAGAGAUUGAGCACGCCAACGGGGAGAUCGAAUAUCUGCACAUAGGAGAUAGUUUUGGCAUUAUGCCGACGAUGGAUAAACUGUAUCACCGGGGCAUCAUGAGGACUAAGUGUGAUGAUUGUCAGUUUGUGUGUAUCACUCAGACGGAUUACUAUCGGAUACAGCAUCAGGGUGAGGAUAAUAUUAGGAAAAUUGAGGAAGAUGGACAGGUCGUUAUGGUGACGGAGCUGAGAAACAGUACGGGGGAAAACGGGUCUCGGAAGGGUUACGUCGUUAUCCGUGGAACAGUGGAUCGGUUAACUCAGCAGUUGAUUGAGGACACCACUUCAACUGAUCCGAAUUACGUGGAAGAUUUUCUGCUAACGUUUCGAACGUUUAUUAGUGAUCCGAUUGAAGUUUCGAAGCAACUUUUGAAAUGGUUCAAUGUCGACGGGACAGAUGACGGGAACGAGCUGUUGGAUGCGAUGCACCAAGCCUCGGCGAACGAUAUUUGUGAUCGUGUUACCAGAGUGGUUCUUCUCUGGGUGAACAACCAUUUUACUGAUUUUGACACCGAUCCUCAGAUGAUGGAGUUUCUGGAGAUUUUCGAAUCGGCUCUGGAGAAAAAGAAUAUGCUGGAACAGUUGAGGUUAUUGCAUGUUUACGCUCAACAUAACGCAAGGGAACGGAACGUUACUCUGGCUAGAAGUUCCAGAGAUGAGAACUUGAAUUUUGAAAUAUCCGGGGGACCAGGAGGCAUCUUCAUUACACGGGUCGAGCAAAGAACAAAAGCCUACGACGUCGGUUUGAAGAGGGGAGAUCAAAUAUUGGAAGUAAAUGGACAGAAUUUUGAGCACAUAACAUGUGCGAGAGCAUUGGAGCUGUUGAAAGGAACCACACAUUUAAGUAUCACGAUCAAGAGUAAUCUAUGGGCGUUCAAGGGAAUGCUUUCGAAUGCUGACGGGGACUCCGGCAAGCUGAAGAUCGAUCUGAAAAGAAACUUACGAGCAGAUCUAUUGCAAUCGCAAAAAUCGCUCGAUUUAGUUGACAAGGCGGGUUUAUUGCCAACGCCCCAAUUCCUUAUCCCGCUGCCGGUGCGGGAGGAUUACGGUCGUAAAGAUUCGGGAGCCUCCACUCCUUCUUCAUCCCACAUGAACAACAAUAAGGCGAGUUUCAUGACACUUGGGGGUAAGAAGCGUCUCCAGAAGGCACUCAUCAAGAUGAAUCUGCUUCCGAAGAAUAUCGUCUUCCAGGAUGAUAACAUCAACAACAAUAGCAACAGCAACAACCACAGCAACCAUAGUAACUACGAUAGUAGCGACCGGUCCUCGGGAAUCAGUGUGAAUCUGUCCUCGCAGGCAUCUUCCAUUUCCACGUCAUCCAUAACGACGGCCGAUUCGGACGAAACGCCACCGACAUCGACAUAUCAGAGCAAUCCAGACCUUCGAGAACAUCCGCACACACCGGCGAAAACCCUAUCGUCAGAGGCAAUCAUUCCGAAGAGCGGGGCUCUCUACUAUGAAGAGAUACGAGCGAGCGAUUAUCCCGAACACAUUCUCAAGGUGUAUAAGUCGGAUCAGACGUGCAAGUAUCUUCUGGUACACAAGGAAACAACAGCACAUGAAGUUGUCAUGUUGGCGUUGCAAGAGUUUGGAAUACACGAUCCCAGCUCGAAUUUCUCGCUCUGUGAAGUAAGCGUUGGAGAGGGUGGAAUGAUCAAACAGCGGCGGUUGCCGGAUCAGCUGCAAAAUCUCGCUGAGCGAAUCGGGCUAAGUUCCAGAUAUUAUUUGAAAACGAAUGGAAUUACGGAAACACUGGUACCUGACGAUGUCGCGCCGGAAUUGAUUCGCGAGAGCGCAGUCCAUUUUCUGCAACUGAACGCCAACGAAUUGGCGAUUCAGCUUACGUUGCAGGAUUUCUCUAUCUUCCGGCAGAUCGAGUCAACCGAAUACGUUGAUGAUUUGUUCAGUUUGAAGAGUCGAUACGGCAAACCAAUGCUCGUGAAGUUUGCUGAGCUAGUCAAUAGGGAAAUGUUCUGGGUGGUUACAGAAGUGUGCAGCGAGCAUAAUAUGAUGCGACGAUGCAAAAUUAUAAAGCAGUUUAUAAAAAUUGCGCGACAUUGCAAGGAAUGCAAGAAUUUUAAUAGCUUAUUUGCGAUAAUAAGUGGGCUAGGACAUGCGGCAGUGUCGAGGCUGAGGCAAUCGUGGGAAAAGUUACCUUCCAAAUAUCAGAAGCUGUUCAAUGACCUACAAGAGCUUAUGGAUCCUUCUAGGAAUAUGUCCAAAUAUCGCCAACUCAUUCAAACAGAACUUAACGCUCAGCAUCCGGUAAUUCCAUUCUACCCGGUGGUGAAGAAAGAUCUUACCUUCAUUCACUUGGGUAAUGAUUCGAAAAUUGACAGUCUCAUUAAUUUCGAAAAGCUUCGUAUGAUUUCCAAGGAAGUUCGCACCUUGCUGCAAAUGUGCAAUUCUCCGUAUGAUAUUCUAACCAUGUUGGAAUUGAAAUGUCAACCACCAAGCUCAGCAAUGGUUGCCCUGAAUCAGAUGUCGGUUCCAUCGAGCGGCAACUUGAUGAUGCCUCCCCCGCCAGCAAUCCACAGUCAUACCGUCAAACGGAGGAAGAAAUCAACGGCUGCUCCUAACCCGAAGAAAAUGUUCGAAGAAGCCCAGAUGGUACGGAGGGUAAAGGCUUACCUGAACAAUAUGAAAGUCAUCACCGACGAAGAUGAACUGCAUAAGCUCUCUCUAGAGUGUGAGCAGCAGGGAGGAAGCACACCGAAUAAUGUUCAGGUGAGAAAACGAUAUCCUUCACCAACCCUUUCUACAACUUCGAGUACUAGCUCCACUAGCGAAGGAAAGAAAGGAGCCCUCGGUCUUGGAAUGAGUAAUCUGUCGAUAGGUAGCUCUGGCAGUGGCAAUAGUGGACCGCCAAAAUUUGGAGCCGCCUCACCACAGGCUGUAAAAAAGCUACUAUCACUUUCAGAACAAACCAAAACUAGACCGCACCAACCACGACAUCCAUCGGUGGGAGCGGUUUUACCGCCCCCGUUGAACAACAUUCAUCAUCAUAGUCAACUAGGACAUCAUAACAAUUUAUCCCAUUAUCACCAUUCUCAUCAUACGCCGUAUCAUCAUCACGCCGGUAUUUCGAUCAGUCCUUCGCACGCUUCGAGCGGUGGCCAGUGCUGCAUUGGCAGUAGCACUGGUGCUGGCGUCGGACUACCUCACCAAUAUCCGAAUACUCAUCCGAGCUAUGCGGUUUCCAGCGGAAUUCAUUUAUCCAACAUGCUUCCCAAUCCACCAAAUUAUAACACGACAAUGUCAAUGUACCCGAACGGACGGCCCUGCAUUAUGUCCAGUCGAAUAAUGGAAAGCUCGGUGGAUGCCACUAGUCAACUUCCGCCACCGAUGGAACUACCGCCGGAAAGCAGCUCAUUUCGUAGCCCACCAAAUUAUGCGCAAGCAACUCAUCGUCGCAUAACUGGCAAUAGCACUGUCAUAUCCGCCUACCCUACACCACAUCAAAACUUUGGCUCAUCCUCACGCAUUAUCGCCGCCGUAGGCAUAUCUCCCAUCACACCCAACUAUGUCCCCCCGUGCGUUAAUUCCAUAUCACCCAUGUAUACAGCUAACACGGGCGCUGGUAGCACCAACGUAACUGGAUCCAAUAGCAAUAUUCCACCCGCGAUCCCGGCACGAAUGCAUGAAUCUCAUACGAUCGAUGCGGCGCAGUCGAACCCACCGUUGCCAGCGAGUAUAGAUCUUUCCGUAGAGAGUAGUUCGGUGACAGUGAUCAGUAACGCAGCACCCGAACUCUGUGUGGAAACCUCCGUGGAUGACGAUGACUGUGAAUCGGUCGAGUGUGACGUUACCGAAACUCUGUCUACCGAUGUUUAAGUAUUGAACGCAAAAGCUAUAACAGGAACGCCAUCAUUUGCACCUUGCGCGAUUGCAAGUCCUGAGGAAUAUUGAUAUAUUUACAACAGUGGGCAAUUGAUGAAACCCGCAAAGUUAUUCCAAGUCACAGUGUGUAUUUAUUGUUGCCAAUUUUCAAUAUGCAUAGAUGUGUUUGAUGUGUCCGUUCCAAACUGACCUCCUAAAAAUAACGUACAGAACAACACAUCCCCAGUGCAUUUUGACCUUUUUACACAGUAGAAAACUAUAGGAAAGUAAGUUUUACCCCGUGCUCUCUAACAGAUUCCCAUUCUAAGACUGAUGACUGAACGUAGCAAAGAUGAUAAGGCUCCCCGUUUGAGCGGCCAUUGUAUACCAUAUAUCACACUUUAUUUGUGAUUAUUUAUAUAAUGAAGAAAUUAUCAGUUUAUUUUGUUUUUUUUUCUUCAAUUCAGUUGACGUUUCAUGUACUAUCCAUUCUAUAAUCUCAUAUGAAAAGUCCCAAAAAUGCAUUUUUUUGCUGUAACAUGGUUGAAAACAAUGUACAAUACAAACAUUCGUGGCCAAAGGUUUUUGACUCACAUAGGCGCUUCUCAGAAUUUUUCUUCGAGUUUGUAACGAAGAUCGAAAAUUCUGUUCUUCAUUUAUUUAUUUAUUUAUUUACAAUGUGCUACAUCCCAUGAAGAGAUUGAAUUUUAUUCACAACAUUGUUCCGUCAAUACACUCGUCCCAUAGCUGCGGUUCCCCAACUAUCGACCGCAUCGAUUCUUACCAACUCCUGCUCCGGAUUCGAUGCGUACACCAUCUUUGCAGGACUGCUACGACUUCCGUUGAUUAUGCGUCUUCGAGUUUCACGGCUAAACUAAUGCUUUGGCCACGUCGAGCUCGUCGCCGUCGAUCACCUCACUACUACCAAGAAGGAUUCAGUCCCUCCAGCUAGCAUUCAUUUAUUCUUAGACACAUUGAUACCAAGCCCAUUCAGUACUGAUUCGAGUUUCUGUCGAUUAUAUCCACGUCAUCGGCGAAGCAGAUAAACUGACUGGGACUUGUUGAAAAUCGUUCCCCGUAUGUUAAAGUGAAGCCGGCUCUCUACACAACACAUUCCAGCGCCUCGUUGAAGAGCCGACAGGAGAGUCCAUCGUCUUGUCGAAGUCCCCUGUAAGUCUUAAACGAUUACGACAGAUCGCCUUAGAUCUGCACACCGUUCAUCGUUGCGUGAAUCAGUUUUUCAGCUUCCGGGGACAGCCGUUCUGAUCCAUGAUUCUUUAUAGCUGUUGUUGGUCGAUGGUAUCAUAUGUGGAUUUGAAGUCGACGAAGAUGUGGUGCGUAUGGCUCUGAUAUCCGCGGAGGAUCUGCCGCGCUCAGGCGCUCAGAUGUACAAGACUCGUCUAUCAGCAUUCGACCAAAAUCUCACCGGGGUUGGUUAUCCGAUCUUCACUAUGGUUACUCGUACCCAACCGCGGGGACCGCGGGGAUGUGAUAAUAGGAGUUACUGGACUGGAAGCUAAUGGACCACGAAAGGGGUCUCAUUUAGGCCUGCAGGUACACGAAGUACCGAUGGUACACUUCGUCCAGUCGUUUGCCAACCUGGGGGCAAUCUUAUAUACCUUCGAGUCUCGAAGGGGUUUACGACGAGGAUUUUCGUGCUUGUUUUUUGACAUCGCUUUGGAAAAGAACAAAUUUCGUUUCGCCGAUGAUAUUAACAUCGUUGCACGAACUUUCAUCAGAUUAAAGGUUGAAGCCCGACGAUCAAGUCUUGUCAUCAGCGCAUCGAAAAAAAAGGUACAUGAGCACAUGAGGAUCCAGAGAAUAUAAUGGAAAUCUCCCACCACGAGUACAGAUUGACUGUGGUCAAAUCGAGGUGUACUUAGACAUACUGGUGACCACUGACAAUGACACCAACAGAGGAGUUCGAAAACACAAAAUAGAAGGAAAUCGUGCUUAUUUUGGAUUCGGGAGAUGCUCGGAGAUCGAAUAAAGUUCGUCAUCGCAUGGAGUCAUAACUAUCUACGAGACACUAAGACAGACAGUCCCUCCGGUCACAAUACCUGAACCACGCUCGCGGAGGACUUUGCUGUUUUUGAACGUAAGGUGUUGCGUAUCAUCUACGGUGGAAUGCAGAUGGAAGAUGGAACUUCUUGAUGGAUAUCUCCUCUGGCAUAGCCCUCAUAGUUUUAGGCCUGGGAGAUCCAUCUUCACGUACGUUUCGUCGUUCAUCAGCAUGCAUCCUUCGUACUUCGUCAAAAUUUUGUUGUACAACUUUCGAGCGCGUCUUUUGGCCAUCAGAUUUUGCUUCAACAUCCUGUUUGGUUGCUUGCAUGCACGAAAAUUACGACAUUCUAGCCUGCGGAUUCUCCAGAUGGUACUUUGGUUAGAGUUGUGUUUUUUUGGCGAUGUCGUAGUCCGAGAGUCCCUGGUUUGCCUUAACUGUUCUCAAUACCUUCAACUUCUGCUUCGGAUCGUAAGUUCACUACCAUGCGUCCUCUGAUCCUUUCGAACAACAGUUGCACGUUCACGGAAACGUUUCAAUACUUCAUAUCCGGUCAAUUUAGCCACCUUCAUCGAUUUUGCUAUUUUAGUAUCUAAUCACAACGGAUUUUUUAUGUGGGUGUCCUAAAUCAAAAUUCUUCCCUCGAUUUCUAUCCUGCACAACUUUUUCAAAACAAAACUGAUCAACGUGAAAUUUUACCGUCGCAAGGUACAGGUCAGAUACGCCUACUACGACUGCUGCUAGAAAAUGAAAAGUGAUUCCGAAUUUUAAUUCAAACCUGGCAAAGGCAUGGCUUUGUGACGAGUCGUCUUCUUCGACUAUUACGUGCCAACCAAAUGACAAUCUGGAUGAUAGCACAUUUUUUAUUUGGGUCUCCAUUGCAAAACCGUGAGUUUCUUUUUUGUUCAAACUGCAUGUAAACUUCAGUUUCUCUUUUGAGUUCGGAAGUUAUCGCGUUCCUACAGAGCCUCUAAUCAUAGGCUUAGAACACGAAGGACCAUGUUAAGAAAUGAAUUAUCCAAACUUCUGGCCAUGAUUACAAAAAAAUAAACAAAUCCAUUCAAAUUGUGCAUUCGCAAAUGAUACAUAAUCCCGUCACUUCCCCUGUAACAUCCACCCACGAUAGGGAACAACAUAUUACAUACAUAAUUGAUAGAUGAAUAUCCAUUGAUACAGUUGAGGUUUCUUCAAAUCAGAAAUUUAACUACUUUUAACGAAAAAUAAAUGUUCAAAGUGAAGCAGGCCAUAGAUCAAAAAGAAUACAUUCAUAUAGACGUGCAGGGUGAUUGAUUUCUCUGUGACGUAUAUUAUGGUUCAAAUCGUCCAAACAGUUUGAUGAUUUAGCAUCUUUUAGAGAAAAGACAGAGUCUUACGGAAUAGAAUUCUAUAGAGACUACGGCCACGGUCCAAUAGAAUAUGGGUGAAUACAAGGCUAAGCUUUUUGUUGUCUUUAAAAUACUACUUUCCAAUGAUACUCUUAUUACGUAUAUGCAAAAUUAGCAAAAUUGCAAACAAAGCUUGCGUUCGGAAGUUUCAAAGCCAAACAAACUAAACGUAUAGGAUCCUCAUCGCUUGCAUUAAAAAAAUGAACAAUUUUCGGAUUGCGAUAAAAAAAACUACAGAAGAUAAUUUAAUGAGACAAAUUUCCCAUGAAACAUAAUUUUAUUGACCGUGUUACAAAAAUAUUUCGACGCCUUGUCCGGUGGUUGGUCGAUACUUUCGCCAUUUUUGUCGAAAAAAUACAUGUUGGCAUAUUUUUCAAUUAUUUCUUAGCUUGAUUUAUUAGUUCCUCCUCCUCUAUUUUCGCAAAAUUGUUGGAGUAGACCCUCCAGGUUUGCCCAGAAAUUCGCGAUGGGACGCAGCUAGGGGACGUUCGGAGGUUUGGCGGACUCCGAAACAACAUCUAUCUUCAAGCGGUUCAUCUCCUCCAGCGACUUCUUCGCGUUAUGGGCGGAGGCCAGAUCUGGCCAAAACACACACGCUGGUCCGGAUCAUAUUUUUGGAUUAAGGAGGCAACUUCCGGCAGGCACUUUGUGCUAUAAAUCUCCCCGUUCACCGCAGGUUCCGAACGAAAGAAGAGAGAGCGGCUUUAACAUCUCCUUUUCGCUGAUGGUUAACCACAGAAGCACCUUCUUUGGGAACUUGGUGUGGGAUAUGUACUUUACGUCGGAACUUAUAUCUUUGGUGGGGGACGUAAAGUAGCUGGUUCCCUGCCAGUUACGUCUCGUUGUCCAUGACGAACACGACGUUCCGCUUCACCGGAAAAAUUCUCGAUCAUUUUCAGCCUUUGUUUCUGGGUCACAGUUUGCUUUUUCGACACGGCUGAUCUUGGCUUAUGUUUCCGCAUGAUGAUGUCCAUCUCCGCUAGGUAUUUUUCCACUGUUUGGCCCGUUGCUCCGAUCCCCCGGCCCAAAGCCCGGAAGGAUGUAGCCACCUGCUUCUUCUGCUUUAGCUCAGGCUGCAGUUUACGAUCGUGUUGUACCGUCGGAUGACCGGAACCAGUUUUUUGUUUGAAGCUCCCAAUCUUCCCCCGAAGAGCAAGGAUGUUAUACAUAUGAAACGGCCGUAUUUGGAGGUAUGAAAGUACAGUUCAACUGAUAGCGAUGUCAAUUUGUGUUUGAACACUCAUGGGUUACUAUGAUUGACGACGCACAAGUGGUCUCCUCACCAUAUGUUAAAGUUACCGCAUAAAAAAUUGGAAAAAUUUGUUCAUUUUUUAAAUGCAAGCGUUAUAUGGUAUAAUUUGAAGCAAUACUUUCUUUUCUCUGUGCUUUUAUACAUGCGACCAGCAGAGGUAGCAUUCUUCGCCAAUUUGAGUUUCAUAACGGGGUGUCUAGCAUUGAAGGAAUCAAUCAUUCUGUGUCAUAGAAGUGAUUUAUAUUCACGCUUUAUAAAAUCAAAAGCAUAUAAUGAGGAAAUACGAGCUCUAUAUUUAAUAAUAUUUAAAAUAAUAAUAUAUACUGUUGUUAAGAGAUCUCUAUGUCUGCCAACUGGGAAAAAAAUGAAAUAUCUAUUUAUAACACAUUUACUAUAUCAUGUUGCACAAAGUGGUGUUUCAUUUGUUUCUGUGAAAAUUCCCUGAUUGAAAAAUAAAGUUUCCGAACCGAUAACAAAUAUGGGGAAACAUUAAUCGAUAACAUUGGAUAGACCUAAAGCUGGUAAGCAACGACAAUGAUAUUCAUAAAAGAUCUUCUACCAUUAGUUAACCAUUAGAAUAUUAAACCUUGGUCCUUGAUCGAGGCUUUAUCU